AUGGAGAGCCACAGUGCAACAUGUUUCUUCUUCUUUUUUGCGAUCGUGCUCGCAUUCUUUGCUAUUAGAGGAGAUGGUUUGCAACGUCGCACUUACAUCGUUCGCGUUCGUGCACCCGAAAAUACGUCCUUUGUACAUUCCAAAGAUCUGACGAACUGGUACAGAUCAUUCCUGCCGCCGAUCCCUGCAAACGUAGCAGACUCGCGACUUAUCUACACUUACAGCGCUGCGAUCGUCGGGUUCACGGCGAACUUAACGGAGGACGAAGUCAGAUACGUGGAGAAGAAGGAGGACACGUUGAAGGUCUAUCCCGACCGCAUUCUAUCUCUCUUGACCACACAUACACCGGCAUUCUUGGGUCUACAAGCUCCUCAUGGAUUCUGGGACACCAACGGCAUGGGCAAAGGGGUCAUUAUCGGAGUUCUCGAUACGGGGAUCAAACCCGGUCACCCUUCCUUUGAUGGCACAGGAAUGCCUUCUCCGCCUCCGAAGUGGAAGGGGGCUUGUAAAUUCGAAAAACCUUACUGCAACAAUAAGCUCAUCGGGGCGAGAAAAUUCACCCAAGGUCGCGGAGAAGAUCCUACCGACUUCGUCGGGCACGGGACUCACACUGCAGGCACAGCUGCAGGGAAUUUCGUGAAGAAAGCAAACGUACUCGGGAAUGGCAACGGCACGGCCGUCGGCAUGGCGCCGUACGCGCACAUCGCCAUGUAUCAAGUUUGUCAGUCCAUAGGCUGCUAUGUAUCCGACAUCCUGGCUGGAAUCAACGCCGCGAUAAACGACGGGGUGGACGUGCUGUCUCUCUCCCUCGGGGGUGAAUCGCAACCUUUCUCCGACGACAUGAUCGCCAUCGGCGCCUUCAGCGCGAUGGAGAAGGGGGUCUUCGUAAGCUGCGCUGCAGGCAAUUCCGGCCCGACGCAUACCACGCUCAGCAAUGAGGCACCAUGGAUCCUGACGGUCGGGGCAAGCAGCAUGGAUCGAAAGAUAAAGGCGACCGUGAAGCUCGGCAAUGGGCAAGAGGUGGAAGGCGAAUCAGCAUUUCAACCCGCCGACUUUCCCUCCAAAAUGAUUCCCCUCGUGUACCCGAUAGGUACUCAGCUCUCUAACUGCAAUCGUGCCUCCCUGUUUAGUAGUAAUGUCACGGGAAAGGUGGUCGUCUGCGAUCGAGCUGGUGGCCCGAGGAUCGAAAUAGGCACCGCCGUCAAGGAGGCAGGCGGCGCUGCACUCGUUAUCUUAAACAAAGAGACCGACGGAUGCACGACGCUUGCGGAAGCUCACUAUCUCCCGGCAUCAGACGUGAGCUAUAUCAACGGAUCGAAGAUACUUUCGUACCUCAACUCGACGGAUAAACCGCUGGCCACAAUUUCUUUCCAAGGCACCAGUUUAGGAACUUCCCCGGCUCCCGUCGUUACUUUCUUCUCUUCUCGGGGGCCUAGCCUCCAGAGCCCUGGCAUUCUGAAGCCUGACAUCAUUGGCCCCGGUCUGAACGUUGUCGCGGCAUGGCCUUUCCAAAUUGGGCCAUCAGAAACAAAUGUUACCUCCACGACUUUCAAUAUGAUAUCCGGGACUUCGAUGUCCACCCCCCAUCUGAGUGGCAUUGCAGCGCUGAUCAAAGGCGCGCAUCCGGAUUGGUCACCCGCGGCGAUCAAGUCGGCUAUCAUGACGACAUCGGAUACGACCGAUCGUGACGGCAAACCAAUCAAGGACGAGACGUUGCAGCCCGCAAGCUUUUUUGCCAUGGGCGCCGGCCACGUGAAUCCGUCAAAAGCUGCUAACCCCGGUCUUGUUUACGACCUGCGUGCCGACGAUUACAUACCUUACCUUUGUGGACUGGGUUACACAGACCAGCAAGUUGAAGCAAUCACUCAUCGUAAGAUCAAUUGCGCGACGAUAAAGAAGAUCAGCGAGGCCGAGCUGAACUAUCCAUCUAUAGCUGUUAGCCUAGAGCUAGGCCACCUAACCGUGAAUCGGACGCUGACGAAUGUGGAAGAAGAACGCUCGACGUACACCGUUGCGAUCGAUGUGCCGAAAGAUAUAUCUGUGAGUGUGUCCCCAGAGACGUUGGAGUUUUCGAAGUUAAAGGAGACGAAGAGCUUUACAGUGAGCUUGAGUUGGAAUCCUAAAACAACGACGCACACUGAGGGAGCCUUUAGGUGGGUGUCAACCAAGUAUGUUGUAAGGAGUCCCAUUGUCAUUUUCUAGAAUAACAAGUAUUCGUAAGAUGCAAAACUAGCAUCUCA